UGGCGUGUUCCACCUCCCUCUGUCUCAUCACACGGUUCUUCGGCGCGAUUUCGAGCCCAGUGGGCUCAACCCGUAGUCAUGGACUCCCAGAAAGAAGCUCUACAAAGGAUUAUUUCAACCCUGGCAAAUAAAAAUGAUGAAAUUCAGAACUUUAUUGAUACACUCAAUCAUACAUUGAAAGGUGUUCAGGAAAAUUCUUCUAACAUACUUUCAGAGUUAGAUGAAGAAUUUGAUAGCUUAUACUCUAUAUUGGAUGAGAUGAAAGAAAAUAUGAUUAGCAGUAUCAAGCAGGAACAAGCUCGUAAAUCCCAAGAGUUACAGAGUCAGCUUAGUCAAUGUAAUAAUGCCCUGGAGAACUCUGAAGAAUUGUUAGAGUUUGCGACACGAUCACUAGACAUAAAGGAACCUGAAGAAUUUUCAAAGGCUGCCAGACAGAUCAAGGAUAGAGUCACAAUGGCAUCAGCUUUCCGCCUUUCUUUGAAACCAAAGGUCAGUGACAACAUGACUCACCUAAUGGUGGAUUUCUCUCAGGAGAGACAGAUGCUGCAAAUGUUGACGUUUUUGCCAGUUCCAAGAGCUCCAGAAAUAGACCCCAUAGAGUGUUUGGUUGCUGAUAACUGUGUCACAGUAGCGUGGAGCAUGCCAGAAGAAGAUAAUAAGAUCGACCAUUUUAUAUUGGAAUAUAGGAAAACAAACUUUGAUGGACUUCCACGUGUCAAGGAUGAGAGAUGCUGGGAGACAAUUGAGAAUAUUAAGGGCAGUGAAUAUACACUGUCAGGUUUAAAAUUUGAUGCAAAGUAUAUGAAUUUCAGAGUACGAGCUUGUAACAAGGCUGUGGCUGGAGAAUAUUCUGAUCCAGUGACUUUAGAGACCAAAGCACUUAACUUCAGUCUGGAUAACUCAUCAUCCCAUUUGAACCUGAAAGUUGAAGAUACCUGUGUAGAGUGGGAUCCUACUGGAGGAAAAGGUCAAGAAACUAAAAUGAAAGGAAAGGAGAACAAGGGCAGUGCCCAUGUUACUUCACUGAAGAAACAUACAAGUGGUACACCAUCCCCUAAACGGACCUCUGUAGGCGCCAGACCUCCAGCAGUAAGAGGCAGCAGAGAUCGUUUUACUGGAGAGUCAUACACAGUGCUGGGAGACACUGCUAUUGAAAAUGGACAACAUUAUUGGGAAGUCAAGGCCCAGAAGGAUUGUAAAUCCUACAGUGUGGGAGUAGCAUACAAAACUUUGGGGAAAUUUGACCAGUUGGGAAAGACAAACACUAGCUGGUGUAUCCAUGUAAACAAUUGGCUACAAAACACAUUUUCAGCAAAGCAUAAUAAUAAAGUCAAAGCUUUGGAUGUUACUGUUCCUGAGAAAAUAGGUAUAUUUUGUGAUUUUGACGGUGGUCUACUUUCUUUCUAUGAUGCAAACUCAAAACAAUUGUUGUAUUCCUUUAAGACAAAAUUCACUCAACCAGUGCUUCCUGGUUUCAUGGUUUGGUGUGGUGGACUUUCUUUGAAUACUGGGAUGCAGGUUCCAAGUGCUGUGAGAACACUUCAGAAAACUGAAAAUGGAAUGACUGGUUCAGCUAGCAGUCUGAACAACGUGACUCAGUAGUGCCUACUAGGAAUACAUUUACCCCCAUUUUGAUUGGGAGACUUCUGUGCAAUUACAAAUCACAGAAAUGUGUGGGUGGUGCAAAUCAGGUUUGCUACCUUCUGCUUUUAGGCCUGGAAUCUGUUAGCAUUAAGCAUCUAAUAUGAAGCAUUUUCAGAAACAUACUGUGCAAUUUUAUAGAAGCGGGCAGAUAUUGAGCAAGAAGCCUACAUUUUGAAGGGAAAAAGCAAUGUUUAAAUUUUUGUAGAGAAACUCAUUUUGGAGUUUCUUUGAUUGAUUGAUUUUUGUCUCUUCUAAUAUGUUCAGUUAAAGAUGG